AUGGCCGUCUGGGCUAUGGCCUUGAUGGCUUGGGCUAUGGAUGUGGCUAUGGCCAUGGCUAUGGCCGUGGCUAUGGUGGCUACAGAUACGUCUUCUACCGCCCGUGUUACUAUGGAAGAUAUUGCUCCUCUGGCUUUUACUGAGAAACCUUGCAUUCAACCUCACACUCACAGUCACAAAGCUGACCUACAAUACCAAGACAGACUCACCACUCCUGACACCAUGAGCUACUACGGCAACUACUGCCGAGGCCUCGGCUACAGCUGUGGAGACUUUGGUGGCCUGGGCUAUGGCUACGGCUGCGGAUAUGACAGCUUCCGCAGGCUGGGCUAUGGCUGUGGUUAUGGAGGCUAUGGAUAUGGCUGCUACCAUCCACGUUACUAUAGAAGAUACUGGUGUUCUGGCUUCUACUGA